AUAAAUUAUAGUUACAUUGCAUAAUAAAUGUAAAGUUAAGUCAAGCAGGUAAAGGUGGUCAUGGCGUCUGUACGCGUUGCUGUGCGGGUCCGUCCAUUAAGCCAAAGGGAGAAGGACCUGUCAGCCAACGUCAUUAUACAAGUGAAUGAAAAUCAAACCUCUAUUCUCAACCCCAAGAACAUAUACAGCAUGACUGGAGAAGCGUUUGGUGAGAGAGUGAAGUCUUUCUCGUAUGAUUUUUCCUAUGACUCAAUGAACAGCAGGAGUGAGAAUUUUGUGAACCAGGAGAAGAUAUUCAAAGACCUGGGCACUGAUGUGCUACAAGCUGCUUUUGAGGGUUACAAUGCCUGUGUUUUUGCCUACGGCCAGACGGGCUCAGGAAAGUCCUACACCAUGAUGGGCGACCCGGACGAUUACGGACUGAUCCCACGAAUCUGUGAGGGAUUGUUUCAUCACGCUAGUGGAAUGUUACAAAGAGACAACUCAUCAUUUCACAUGGAGGUCAGCUACUUUGAAAUCUACAAGGAACGGGUUCGAGAUCUCCUACCCAGCACAGACACACAAGGGUGCGAGCUGAGAGUGAGGGAACAUCCCAUAGAUGGACCGUAUGUAGAGGCCCUGUCCAGACACCAGGUGCAGAGUUACAUUGAGGUUGGCCAGCUGAUGGAGGAGGGCAACAGGAGGCGUGCCACUGCCAGCACGGGCAUGAACCACGUCAGCAGCCGAUCCCACGCCAUCUUCACCAUCCACUUCAUCAAGGCCAUGUUUGACGUAGAAGCACCGAGCGAAACAGUGAGUAAGAUACACCUGGUUGACCUGGCAGGAAGUGAAAGAGCAGGUGCCACACAAGCUACUGGCAGUAGAUUGAAGGAGGGUGCCAACAUCAACAGAUCUCUGGUCACCCUGGGCAUUGUCAUCUCUACUUUAGCUGAUCUUUCUGUUGGUGGUGGAAUGAAAAGGAAACACAGCUUUGUUCCAUAUCGAGAUUCUGUGCUCACCUGGCUGCUUAAGGACAGUCUUGGCGGAAACUCCAAAACCAUCAUGAUAGCCACCAUCUCACCUGCUGAUGUGAACUACAGCGAGACUUUAAACACUCUUCGGUAUGCCAGCCGAGCUAAAAACAUCGUAAACAAGCCCACAGUGAAUGAGGACAGCAGCGUAAAAAUUAUCAGAGAGCUGCGAGCUGAAAUUGCUCGCCUGAAAGCGUUGAUGUCCACAGGAGAGCAGAUUGCAUCAUUAGAGCCGCCUUCAGGGUCAAGUGUGGAGGAGAAACUUCAUCAAGAUGAAGCUAGAGUGCAGGAGCUGACAAAACAGUGGGCUAGUCGUUGGACAGAAAUCCAAAAUAUUCUUGGGGAAGAUACAGUAGCUCUCAGAAAAGAGGGUAUCGGAGUAGUGAUUGAUUCCCAAAUGCCGUAUUUGAUCUGCAUUGAUGAGGAUCUGCUGAGCACGGGGGUCGUCCUCUAUCACUUAAAGGAAGGCAGAACUUCAGUAGGUGCUGGAGGAACCGAGUCAGAGCAGGAUAUUGUUCUCCAUGGUGAAGCUCUUCAGAGGGAACACUGUGUGUUUGAGAACCAGAGAGGGGCUGUCACACUCCUGCCGCUCCCAGGAGCCAUGUGUGCAAUCAAUGGGGUGGAGGUGACUCAGCCCUGCCUCCUGACCCAGGGAAUGAGCAUUCAACUUGGAAAGGCCACCGUGUUCCAUUUCAACCAUCCUCAAGAAGCAGCCCAGCUCCGAGAGAAGCGCAAGUCUGGGCUCUUUGCAUCGAGUAACUACAUCACGUCCGAGUCCUUUGAGAACUCUUUCAGUCAUUGUAGCUCACAAAAUGUUUUUGUCCAAGCUGAAGAUGACCCAGAAGCUUUCAAAAGCGGCUGCAUGCAGGAUGUCUCUGGAGAGGGUCUGAGGAUGUUUUGCACAUCUCUUACUUCUACCGACUUAUUCUGUCCCCAACAUAAGAUAGUUGGUAGUUUCAAUAGAUGGGGACCUUCAACGUCUCUACUUGUUCCUAACACACCCAGGGCACUAGCAGAACACCACGCCACUAACAAUCAGGCAAGAGGUUCCCAAAGCCCUGGAAAGGAGCUUCAGACAAACGUCAACUUCCAGGGGGAGAAGCGGCACUCAGCCUCUCAUAAAUCAGAAACUGAAGUUGUGUCAGUGGACGUGACAAAUAAGGAGCUGGAGGGGGAGGAAACGGGGGUGAAUGGAGGUCUCUGGGAUACCGGUGUACCCAAGGAGUGCAGUAACGGGACCUCUGGGUUCCUCAAUGUCGAGCAGCAGUGUCUUUGGCACCCGGUCACAGGUUCAGAAGGGAUCUUGUUAGCUGAGGAAUCCCAUUCACCGAGUAGACACUCGUCCACAGGAGGAGGAGCAGCUCUUAUCCCUAGUUUGACUAGCUUGGAGCACUUUUCUCAAAGACAGAGCCCAUCCAGCACACUUACCAUUGGGGGCCAAUUUAGCGAGCACUUUUUAUCCAGAACAUCGGUUGAGAGCCAAGAAGCCAAAGCCCAUCCGGAGGGAAGUAGGUUCGGCACUAGUCUGGGGAGCUUUGUAGGUAGAGUGUCCUGGAUCUUAGCAGAUGCAGGACGUGUGCUCACAAACACUUUGAAGGAAACUGGUGGUACAGGAGGAGGCUGGUACAACCAAAUGUGCUCACUGGUAAAGGAUCUACCCAUUGUACAACACAUACAGUUUGAGUUGACUCUAAGACAACAAGCAAACUCUGUUAAGGCAACCCAGUUUCAGUUCAGUCCGUCCCUUGAGACUCCAAGGAAACAAAAUGUAGUCUUGCCUUUCAAACAAGAUGUGUCAAUAUUCAAUACAGAUGCAAUGAAAAGCACUCUUGAAGCAAACCAGACAAAGGGUUCAGUGACCAUCCAAAGAAGUGAGGGACUAAAGCUAUGUUGCCAAAGGCUCCAACCAGUUCCCGAAUCACUGCUCAUUCUCCAGAACCUUCCACCUCAGCAGCUUCUCUCCUGCCUACACAGUGUCAUUCCUGCCGACCUCCUCAUGAAAGAGACAGUGUUAGCUUUAUAUUGGCUCAGUGUUGGCGGCUGCUCUCAACCUGACCCACAGCCUGCUGUUAUUGUCCUCCUCCAGACUCAGCUUUUGGUUGUAAGUUUUAACUCGUCGCCCGAUAUGUCCAGUUCCACACAUUCUUUAGAUAGUUUUCACCAGUUAGCCUUUCAGCAACUGUUGGAAAUUCAUAUAGGUUUUGCUGGACAAACUGUAAGACUGACAGGUAAUACAGAGAGCAGUAUACUUACCUUGUAUACCUACAAUGCAGACUUGACCCAAGAACUCUGCCGAACCCUACUCGAGGCCAUUUGUCCGUACGAGAAAGUUACGCUAGACCAUCCACUCCUGUCAAAUGACAUAGUACGCUUGUCCUUUGACUGGGACUGCCAUAUUAAGGAUUUGCUCUUACCCUCUGGUGCAUGUCUGACGUGCCGUUUCUAUAAAACUCUAGCCAGGUUGGUGUUUCUCUUACAUGGUAACAUGAGGGGUGAGCGUCCAGCACUUGCACAUGUGCAGUUGCUUAUCUACACUACUGUCAGAUUUCAGCGAUCCAACUCUGAACUUGUUCAGCUCGUGUUAACCGACACCCACCUCUGUCUCUUACAUGAGAAUGCCGUUUACCACCCACCUCCACGAUCGGUAGCUGUGGAGGCACGUCAAACCCAGUUUAGGCUAAUAGACCUGCGGCAGCGCUCAGAUGUCCGUUGUGUGCUGGUCAGAGAUGGAUAUGGUAGCAAGUGUCUCGAUGUUGUUUUGGUCCGUGAGUGGCGGAGAUCAGGUGGUACAGGGGGUCACCCUCAACCUCCAGAGGUCUGUGGUGCUGAUGAGGCAGCUGCCCUGUCUCACUGCACCUCAGAUUCAUCUCCCCGGAAUGAAGUGUGGAAAUUAACUUUCAGCACCUCCGCCGAGGCCACCUUCCUGAUUAAUAACUUGUCAAACGUUUGAUCAAGGGCCUUCCAGCAAAAUAAUUAACAGCUCAGCGAGGAGAAUUCGACAGCAGCCUGCAAAAAGGGCUGAGUGCACCAAAAACAUGACAUCAGGAUA